UCAAAAAUAAAAAAUGAAGUGAAGUGAAAAAAGUGAUUUAUUUAAAAAUGUUAAUGAGGAGAUUUAAUAGCUGUCAUAUGUAAGAAAUACGAAUUAGUAUUUGCAUUUUUAAAAUGAUAUCUAUAAAUCGUCAUCGGUUGUAUAUGUUUAUAAUUUUCAUUCUAGUUAUUGCUCCAUUUUAUAUUGCUUUGUCACGAUUUCAAGCUGAUCUAAGUAAAAAUCUUGAGAAGUCAAAAAUAUUGUCUUAUAACUUUGAUUUUGAACAAAAGAGAAGGAAGAAAAUUAUUGACCAGACAUGCAAAUUUUUAAAAAUAAACCAGAGUAUUGCAGAUAUUCAACCUGCCUAUUUGGAUCAUUUUAUUGUGGAUGAUGCGAAUAAAUUAAUUUAUUGCUUUGUACCCAAGGUUGCAUGUACAAAUUGGAAAAGAGUCUUAUUAUCAUUACGGAAUUCUGAAACAAAAGAUCCUCUAUCCAUAAGUGGCAAUGAAACACACCAAGCAAAUGCAUUUCAGACAUUAAAUCUGUAUUCACCAGAUGAAAUUCAACAGAAAUUAAGACAUUAUUGGAAAUUUUUUUUUGUUAGACAUCCAUAUGAAAGGAUUCUGUCUGCAUAUAGAAAUAAAUUAGAGGAAAGUUAUGUGGAUUACUUUAGGACUCGUUUUGGAACUGAAAUAAUAAAAAAAUUUAGAGUUAAUCCUUCAGAAGAAUCAUUAGAAAAAGGUCAUGAUGUCAGAUUUGUUGAAUUUAUUCAGUACAUUACAAGUCUGAAGGUAGAUGAUUGGAAGAAAGCAUUUAAUGAACACUGGAGACCUAUAUUUGAUUUGUGCUUUCCUUGCCAUGUAAACUAUGACUUUGUAGGUAAAUAUGAGACUCUAGAGAGUGAUGCAAAGUAUAUCCUAGAAAAAACUGGUAUAUCAAAAUAUGUUCAGUUUCCUGACAGAUUACAAAGUUAUAAAAAAACACCUACACGGAAUGUUAUGCAAACAUACUAUAGAAAUAUAUCCACUGAAUUACACAGAAAACUUUUUGAAAUAUACAAAGAGGAUUUUACUUUGUUUGAAUAUGAAUCAUUGUAUUUAUGAUCUAACUUGUAUUCAAAUUGAAUAUGAAUAAUUAUAUUUAUGAUCUAACUCAUGUUCAAAUUGAAUAUGAAUCAUUAUAUUUAUCAAAUUGAAUAUGAAUCAUUAUAUUUAUGUUCUAACUCAACUUGCAUAUUGUUAUGUAAAUUCUCAUCUGAAUUACCAUACGUAUUUUUAUCAGACAAAUCAUACACAAAAUGCCAUAUUUCCCCCUUUUAAUCAUUUAUUGAGUUAUUAAUUUUGAUGUACUAUUUUUUAUAUAUGGUACAAAGUAGCAAUCAUCAAAAUUUUGAAUUGUCGUUCUAUACUUAUAUUAUGUACAUAUAUAUUAAAACAUUCUUACAGGUUUGAAAUAUGUUAUUUGUUAAAAUAUCUGGAUGCUUUUUCUUUCGUAAUCAACUUUUAUUCAGAAAUAAAUAGAUGCUAAAUGAGAGGUGCCUUAGUGAACAAUAUUUUUAAGGGAAUUGUGCCUGUAUUAGCAUUAUAUGAGCAAAAACCACAAAAUCUCCCACACAGCCAACCUAUUUACUGGAAUUUGAACUUAGUCAAACUGCUGGUGUUCAGCUGUUUUAUCACUCAGCAAAGGUAAUAUCACCUUAUUAUUUCUUUGAACUUUCAUUUUGCGAUAAUAUUAAAUGUACAGAUGUGUUAAAAAUACUUAUUCACAGUGUAGAGUCUUUGUCAUUGACAUUAAUGAUUUCUUCCCAAACUUUAAAAACAGAAAUAAGGAACAUUAUGCUAUUUGUAUCAAACUUCAAACACAUGAUAUAUUAAGGUAUCUCUCAAAAGCAGGUGGCAGGGGAAGAAGAAAAUGAGACCCUCAGAUUUCACCCUUCCAAUGGCUAAAGUCAAAAUUGAGAUGAAAGUAGCCCAUGUGUGUUUGCCUGAAUUAAGUCAUCCAAUCCAAGCUUGAUAUGUACCAUUCAUAUGCAGUUUUCAAACUGAGAUUUGCCUAUCAGUGUGCACAAGAUAGUAAACCAUGGCCCUAGUUAAAGUUUACUGUGUUCAAAUAAUACUUCUUGACUCUCAGCUUAUGUAAAGUGGACAUAUGCAAAUGUCGUUUUUGUGUAACUUUUUAACCUUAUUCCGCACAACAUAGUAAAGCAUGGCUGCAGUUAAGGUUUACUGUAUUCAAAUAAUACUUGUUGACUCAGCUUAUGUAAAGCUGACAUCAUGCAAAUGCCAUUUUUGUAUAAUUUUUUAAAACUCUAUCCCCCCCCCUCUGAAGCUCUUGACUUGUUCAUAUUGCUUUCAGAAGAAUUCAGAUACAUUACAGGUAAUGCUGAGUGUUGUAAGUUGACUGGAGAUUUUGUUCCAUCAUUUACUUCAACAUUCAACAACAGCCACCUUCUGCAUGGAUUACUAAUUCUAGAUAGAACAAUUGUUUUACUUAGGUAUUUUUUAAAUCCAAUUGUUGUCAUUCAGCUUGAAUCAAAAAAUUUAUAGUAGCAAUUGAUAUCUUUUGAUCUUAUUGGGUUGACAAUCAGAGCUCUGCCUUUAUGUCCCAUCCUGCUGAAACCAGAUACAUCCUUCUGUUAUUUGUCAAACCUGUAAUUGUGAUGCAAAUAUAAAUGUCUGUUUUGAGAGAAUAUUCCAAAAGUUUUGAUUAGCAAUAAAAAAGUACAGAAAAAACUGAUCAAUGCUUAUAUAAAAAGAGAUCUGUGAAUGUAAUAUCAGCUAGUUACUCAUUUAUGCCAAAUGUACAUAUUUUUGUUUUAUAACUUUUAAUCUAUGCUUAUAUGUAAAGUAUUUUUAUACUUUUUUUUUAUUAAAUAUAGCUUGUAAAUAUAUACCGUUUUAUAUUGGACUAUAUUAUGUGUUAAAAUUUGCCUGGUGUUAAUAAAGUUCUUCAAGAAAAUGAACAA